AUGUUUAAUAUUGUAGGGGAACUUUGGAAAGCGUAAUAGUAUGCUAAAAACGAAUGCUGUUUUGAAGUUCCUUAAACAUUCUACUUACAAGGUAGCAAAAUAUCUCACUAUUUCACCAGUUCACAAUGUUCUGGUAAAAUCUUGAAGAAAAGGAAAGAGAAUGUAACUUUAAAAAGCAUAUUGGACACUUUCAACUCUAAGGAGAAGUACGUGUGUUCAUUUUAGAGGUUAUUGAACAAAAAAGAUGUUCAAUUUAAAUACUUAACUCGUAUUGAACUUGAGGCACUCAUAUCCGACAUUACUAAUUUCUCAGAAUUAUAUCAAGAUGUCAUCAUCUAAUAAACAUUCCAGAAUGAAAACAUAAUCGCCUAUUGUAGACAUGGACAUAUAACACAAAUUUAACAAAGGAUCCCUCUCUAGUCAGAACCAUUGAUUACUUUAAAAGAUAGUUAAUUUGCUUGUGAAAAAGUAAUAUUUGAAGCCAGAGUUAACAAAGUCGGACUAGCAAUUGAACAAUUCAUAAGUUUGAUUGAAGGUUCAAAAGUUAAUGAAAUUGAACUAUACAUGAAAUAUGUUGGAGAGAAAUUGAUUGUUAUGUGGAACACUAAUCUUAAAUGUAGGACUAACAGAAGAGCUUUAAACUUCAUAAAUUCAUAGAACUAUCUACACAAUUAAGAAUAUUUCGAAUAGUUCCAACCAAAAAAAUAGGUUACGGAUGAAAUCACCAUGAUUUAAUGUUGCAGUUGCAGGAAAUUAACUAAAAUAAAUGAUACAUUUGAAGUGUUGAAGAAUAGAAUAUGGAAGAUUAGAAUGCAUAGAAAUCUGCAUCAUUUGAAUGAUUAGAAAUUGUAUCUAGAUGUAACAGGGAGAAUUGUGCCAAAAUUUGAUGAGUUUUAAUUUGUGAGAGUCUGUGGAAUAUGUUAUAAUAGUUUUAUUGAAACUAUAUCCAACAAUAAUACUAAGACUGAGAACACACUGAGGAAAUUACCAUAAAAAUAAUAAGAUCUAUAAUAAUUGAUGAUGCAGAAUGGUCCUAGAAGAAAACUGUUUAAAUUAAAUGACAAUUAAACAUAUUUAGGUAGUCGAUCAAAUAGUACCCAGAUUAAGGAGAAGAGAAUGACACCUUAAAUAAUGAAUUCCACAUUUGAUGAGAAUUAUGAGAGUAUCUAGAAUUAAAGAAUGGAGAUAGAUGAUGAUUUUGAUUAAUUAUUGAAUGAAGUGAAAAAUGAAGUCAGAAGUUCUUAUUAAUCCAACAAAGUGGUGACUAAUAAAGCUAGAAUACAAAGUGCUUAAAACAAUCAGAAAUUUAAAUUAUAUUACUAAUGA